CUAUGAUCGCCGCCAUUUCACCAGCAGACUAUGAUGAAACACUCAGCACUCUUCGUUAUGCUGAUGCCGCAAAACGUAUCAAAAACAAGGCAGUUGUUAAUGAAGAUCCUAAUGCGAGACUCAUUCGUGAACUUAAAGAAGAAUUACAAAUGUUACGAAGCAAAUUGGGUGUCGAACCAGGCGAAGUUUCUUAUGAUUCUGGUGUUCCUGACAGUAAACAAGUAAUCACAUUUAAAGAUCCGGAGGGUAACGUUAUUAAGAAAACAAAGGACCAGUAUGAUUUAUCGAAAGUAAAAGCUUUGACAUCUUCAGCGUCCUUUUUAUUGGCGGCUUUUGCAUUACCGGGAUCAGCGGAGUCUGUUGGUCUAGUAAUUAUAGUUUGA